AUGACUGCCCAAGCUUAUCUCGAACGAUAUAAACAGUUGACUUCAAUAGAAGACAUAAAAAAUAAUCUGAUUGAGGAACUGUUGCAACGUGUGACGGAGCUUGAGGAUGCAUAUCAACAAGAGCGGCUGGACCAUGAGCGCGAGACGCGCUUUAAUCGGGACAUUCAGCUCCAUGAAAUGGAGUUAAUGGAUCAGAUAUCAAGAAUUAAAACUAUUAUGGACCGGGAACCCUUCAUAGUCGUGCUUCUCGAUGGUGGUGGAAUCAUCUUUAAGGACGAAUAUCUGCAACAAGGAGAACAAGGUGGACAGAAUGCGGCGAAGAAGCUCCAUUCGGCCUUACAGGACUACGUCUCCGGCAAUUUCCCGACCAUCAACUCUCCGAAGGUAAUCACAAAGAUGUAUGUCAAUGUGAAGGGAUUAAGCGACCUUUGCGUCCGUGGCGGCGUCACGACCGAGCCUUCCUUGAUCGAAGAUUUUGUCCGGGGUUUCAAUGCUAGUUAUCCUCUCUUUGAUUUGGUCGAUAUCGGUCCUGGGAAAGAGAGCGCUCAUGAUAAAAUUGGAGAGGCUUUCAGACUAAAUUUAUACAACUGCCAUUGCCACCAGAUAUUCCUGGGUUGCUCGCAGGAUAGUGCUUAUGCUCAAAUUUUGGAAGACACACUGGCCGAUAGAGACCUCAUAGGCCGAGUUUCUCUGAUUGAGGGCCUCCCAUUUGCAAGCGACCUGGACUUAAUAAAAACAUCGUACAGAGUCACUAAGAUCUCGGAUCUUUUCCGAGAUACGAAGAUAUCUGUAUGGGCACCUUGGAAAGCUGCGGUGGCUAGCAAACCUCGCGCUCUCCUCACCCCGUCGCCCGUCCAGCAUGUAACUCUCUCUCGAACGUCAACCAAUACCACGACAACCAGUAACAGCGUGCCCAUAUCUACCUCAUCCACGAAUACACCUAACUCCGGGGAGUUUCAGGUUGUGCGAUCGAAAUCAUCUGUCCCGCCACCCCCCAAAAUCGUGGAACGAAACAAGUACGGCCAGCGUGUAGACCGACUUGACUUUAAGACCAUCCCUCGGGAGAGGUAA